AGCUCUUAGAAAGCAAGCAGUAGACAUAGCUCGUAAAACGUGCGCGCUUAAAGAAAUAUAAUAACGAUAAAAUAACAACAGGUCUAUCUCCAAUUAGAAGAUUUAAAAAAAAGGAUACAUAAAUUUAAAUUGUAAACCUCUAUAUUCAUAAAUAUACAUACAUAUAUAACCAAAUCAUACAAACAUAAAAAUGCCUUUGACGAAGAAGAGCGAAUAUAUACCCAUCAAAUGUGAAGGUUGGAAUGGCAAAUUUGUGUACGGAAACGGUGCUGCGAACAAUGUUUCCAAAGUACGACGUCACAAUCAGAAUGUUACCGACACAUCGAAUUUCUAUGGCUGCAACCAUGAGCCGAUUAUCCUGCCGGUCAGUUGGGAUGGUACAUUUGCAAAGAGUGGAGAGACACGUAUUCAACCCGAACGCAAUCACUCCGAUGACUCUGAAUACUUUCAAUAUAAUAGGGAACCCACAGUGCUGCCCACACAAUGGAAUGGUGAAUUUCAGCUCGAUCCCAAUGAUAUACGCAUCAAACCAGAGCGUAACUUCUCAGACGCGCGUGACUAUGCGGAGGCAAUCCGCUUCAAGCCAAUCAGUUAAACGACAUCUUGGUAUUAUGGGAGCUAGCGGAAAAUAUUCGAGCUCAGCAUUGAAACUGUUUUAAGUUUUACUAAUCACACGUUUUUCAAUAAUUUCAACUACACGCAAAAUCGCACAAGUGCUGACUGAUUUAGUGAGCCAAAUUCAUGCAUAAGCCAUAAAUGGUGAAGCUAAAAUCUAUACUUUUGUGCACUCUUAAGAUGUACUCGUAUUUACUUACAUAUGUAUAUUUAGUGCAGAAAAUUAAUUUUUUUAAAAUUAUGUAUUGUGAUUAUAUUUGUAU